UCAGUACUUGAUUCCAUACAAGAUGAGCACAUUAUGUUUCAAUAUAGGUAGGAAAGGUCUCAAUUCAUGUAAGCUCUCUGGGAGCUUCCCUCAGCUCCAUCAUAAGGUUUAUUGUCAACAACCAGAGUUUCCAGUGUAUAUUAGGGAAGCUGCUUUAGAAAGCAGCGGUAGUGUUAUGUCUGCAAUAUUGUCCAAUUGGCAUAGAGUGAGAGUGGAUAUUCUAAAGGAGGAAUUCGUUGGGCAUUCGACUCGUUUUUCUAGAGAUAACUUAUUCAUUCUUGUGAGAUUUAUAACCGAUGCAAUUAAAAAAGUUCAGAAGAAACCUUUGCAAAUUAUAUUUCCUAAUAUUUUGCUUGCCGCUAGAGCUCGAAAUUAUUUUGGCUCAGAGACGAUAGCUGACGUCUUUAUCGACAGUUUAGAAAGUAUGGAAAGGAAAGAUAAUGUUCGUUGUGUUAUUCUGGUUAUGCCAUCUUCUCCUGAUGAGAAUGACAAAUGGAACAAUUUAUAUUCCAUGAUUGUUCAACAAGAGUCGCUCUUCUAUGUGUUGUUGAAUCCUCAAAGUAGAGAUAAUACUGAAGUUGGACGCUUUCCUCAUUUUUCCUUUCAACAUUACAAUGGAUGGAAAUACUACAAAAGUGUUUAUUUUUUACAUUCCUUUGUUUUAGAUGAUAUUUGUAGAAUCCCUAUGGAAGUGGUUGUAUACAAAAAGCAUCCCUUUUAUUGCAAACUAUAUUAUCGUCCUCAAAAGACAACAAGUAUGGGUUCAGAAUGGAAUACAGUGGAAUGGAACAACUUUAUGUUACCAGACAUUGAAGAAAUUGUUCAACUCAUCCAUACUAAGGAUACUCCAUAUAGAAUAUAAUAAAGGAAAUCCAUUCUUCACUCAUAUAAAAUGGACACUUUAUAU